AUGAGUGAUGUGAUUGGUGUUGAGGCAGAUGAAAUCGAGACGUUGUCGGUGAUGGAGGGCGAUUCUGUCACCUUACCGACUGGUGUGUCUAAAAUACAAGAGGAUGAUCUGAUCAUGUGGAUGAGCGGAAACUACUGUAUCGCUAAACUCAACAUAUCAUCCCAAGUCAUCUCUGAAAUUCACAACAUAUUCAGAGACCGACUGAAGCUGGAUCAUAAGACUGGAUCUCUGACCAUCACAAACAUCAGAAGCACAGACUCCGGACUUUAUAAAGCACAGAUGAUUGGACAACAUGUGUCAAAGAAAACUUUUAAUGUCACCGUCAUCGCUCGUCUGCCCGUUCCUGUUAUCACCAGUUACUGUCCUCAAAAUCCUUCUCCGUCAGGAUCAUCGGCGUCCAGAUGUGUACUGCUGUGUUCAGUGGUGAAUGUGGGUCACGUGACUCUCUCCUGGUACAAAGGAAACAGUUUAUUGUCCAGCAUCAGUGUGUCUGAUCUCAGCAUCAGUCUCUCUCUACCUCUGGAGGUGAAAUAUCAGGAGAAAAACAGCUACAGCUGUGUGAUCAACAAUCCCAUCACAAACCAGACCACACAUCUGGACAUCAGCAAACUCUGUCAACCAUGUCCAGAAUGCGUCUGCUGUUGUAAGUCAACUGAAGCUGUGAUCCGAUUGGCUGUCUCUGCUCUGGUGGGCGUGGCUACUGUUGUUGUUCUGGUUUAUGACAUCAGAUCCAGAAGAGCUGAGCAGAAAGAAAGGGCUCUGAAAUCAUUAUCGGACCAUAACUGA